AUGCAGCUAACAUCACGUUAACGACACCCUAGCUAGCUAUUCAAGUUGUAAUGAAAAAUUGAAGUAAUUUUCCCAUGUUUUUCAUGAUUUUCUCGUCAGUCUAAACUGUUAUAUCAGCAUAGCUUCAACUAACGCUCAUUAUAACACUAUGGAUGUUCUUUGCCCACCUCUUAUCAAUAUAAAUGGGAGAAUAUAUCGAAAAAACAUCGUUAAGGAGGAACAUUAUGAGGAGGAAGAUGAUGUUUCUUACAUGGGACCACCAGAGUGUGAAGAUCUUGCAGAGGAUGAAACCUGUGACAGCCACCUUAUUGAACAGACAGAUAAGGGAUACCGCUGUGCCAUUGAUGUCCCAAGUGUCCUUUACAAGUACAUCAUUGGGAAAAAAGGAGAAACACGUAGACGACUGGAGUCUGACACAAAAACAUCUAUCAGCAUCCCCAAACAAGGAGUGGAAGGACAGAUCGUUAUCACAGGUUCUCACAAAGCUGCAGUUUCUUCAGCGAUCACCCGAGUCGAGGUCCUUGUGGAGAGUUUCCGGAGGAAACAGCCUUUCACCCACUUCCUGUCGUUCCCGCUGAAUGAUCCCCGAGUUCAAGAAGGAUUCUUGAGAUUUAAGGAUGAGGUGUUGCAGCAGUGUUCACAGGACCAUGGAGUGGAGGAAAGCAUCUUUCAGAACGCUGCAAAACUUCACUUGACUAUUGGCACCCUGGCUCUGUUAAAUGACACAGAAGUGAGAAAAGCAUGCGAGCACCUCCAACAAUGUCAACGUUUCAUCAGGGACAUCACUGAAGGAAAGCCUCUGCCACUGGAGGUGACGGGUAUAGAGUACAUGAACGAUGAUCCGGCCAUGGUUGACGUCCUCUAUGCCAAAGUCAACGUGAAAGACGGAUCUGAUAAGUUGCAGUUGAUGGCAGACCAGCUGGUGGAGCAUUUUAUCUCUGAGGGGCUGAUGGUCAGAGAGUGGGACAGAGUGAAGCUGCACGGCACCGUGAUGAACACUCUGUUCAGAAAGGACCUCUCCGCUGAAGCGUCAGCAGGACGACAAACGUCGGGUGAAAGAGAGGCUUUUGAUGCCAGAAGCAUUUUGAAGAAAUUUGCUGCGUUUUGUUUCGGUGGCUUCGAGCUGAACGCUGUCCACCUGUCUCAGAGAUAUUCGACAGACUGCACUGGCUACUACACAUCUGCUGGGAGCGUACGCUUCUCUUGAUCCUCGGAGGAGCUGAGCGUGUAAUGAGGUGCAAAAUGAAGGUCAUUGCAGCAGUCUCAUGCAGGGUUUUGCCCAGGAGGUGGCAGCAUAGUUUUUUUUUUUAAGCAAUUUGUUCAUCCUUCAGACAACUUAUUUUUAUGAAUAAAACUAAAUAUGUCAAAAAGCAUUUUGAUGGAACAAGCAAACAGGAAACCAAAUAAAAAUGUCAAAUCUGUGUUAAACUGUCCUCGUGAAUUAGUUUUCCUGAUCUUGAAGACGAUUCAGAUUGAAUUUUUAACAUUUCAGGCUUUGUGGUUGACGAAAGACUUUCAUAUAAA